UCAACCAAUCAGGAAAGCCGUCUGCCCCUCAAUUCAACCAACCACUCGUCUCAUCAAUGAACUAAUAACCAUAACAGCCAAUCAGCCCACCACGGUCUUCCCCUUAUGAUAAUGAGUCUGAGUCACACCUUGGCUCCUCCCCCAGGUGGGCAGUGGGCGGUGCUACACCAAAGGCCCCGGCCUGCCACAGGCUGCGCUCUCAUUGCUGCCUGACAACAUGCUGCCCGGGUUACUGCUGCUGGCGCUCUGCCUGGGGCACCUGGAGGCCUUCGAGGUCGUGCAGUCUCAGCGUGCGCUCAUCACCAGUGGCGGGGAGGUGUCCCUCAACUGCUCCUAUGAAAUUCCACGCCCUAAGGCCGAGACGGUCCAUGUGUUCCUUCACCGGGUGAUCCACAACGACACGACGUCCUGCAUCAAGAGCGCGGGCACCUCAGUGUACGCCUUCAAGUGUGUCAUGAUACCUCAGGAUCACAACAGCACCCACGCCAGCUUCACGCUGACCAUCUUCAGUCUCGACAAGGAGGACGAGGACAUCUACAUCUGCAAAGUGGAGAAGCGGAAGCCCUUCCCAUAUGAGGACGGAGCGGGUGUGGGCACCAUGGUCCUCAGUGCCACAAGUCCAGCCACCCAGCUGCCCAAUGAAUGUGAGUGCACGCCUGGCUGUAAUGUCACCAGGGCCCGGUGUGUGUGGACAAGUCCCCAUCAGCUCUCUCUCUGUCUGUCUCUGUAGGUGACAAAGUCCUAGAAAUGCAGCCGGACCCGCUGCUGGUCACCGUGGUUGUCAUUGCAGGGAUUCUGCUGCUGUACAGCGUGGCCAUCAGUGUCAGCUGGGGACUUGUAGAGAGACGGCGGCGGGCUGCCAUGAAGCUGGACAACAACUCGGAGUACAUGGACAUGCGCAAAGGGCUGGCCAACGGAGGGGGCCGCAGACUGGACCACUGGAGUGCCACAUAGCGGGGGCACCACAACUGGCGUGUGAGCCAAAGGGACUGAGGACGAGAGCGGCCAGGCACCAUGAUGGACACUGCAUGGGCCUCACUGCCUGGGCCUUUAUCUGCUAGUGUUGUACACUUGAGGGGCACCAGAGAGACCACUUCAUGUUUUACUCAUAAAAAAAACAAAAAAAACGUCAACUGCUGUUUUUAUUUGAGCUGGAAAAAAAAAAAAACGAAAAUGGAAAAAAUAAAUCAGGCGGCCGUCGCGGGCGCGAAGUCGAGGUGCAGCCGUGCCUCCCACGGGGCACAGGAGCAAAGCCCGCAGGGCAGUGUGGUGUGGUGUGG